AUGCACUCUAGCACCUCGGCAACAGUGGCCAAUGUAUCAGCAUUGGAUACGGUGCGCAAGAGAAUUGACCUAUGCAUUCGCUCUUUGAAUGAGGCUGAGAAGCUGCUCACAUUCUCAUCGAGUAUCGAUCAGUUGUUUCAAUCGACUGACUAUCUAAAGAUUGCAGAGACACUCGAGGGUGUCAAGCAGUCACUAUCAGUACUCUCGGACAUUCCCGAGUUCCGCGAGCAGGCCAAGCACUUCCAGCAGCACCAGGAUCGUCUGGAGCAGCUGAUUCGUCCACAGCUGACGGCCGCAUUGACUCAGCGUGACCUGGAGGCAUGCAAGAACUAUCUGCGCGUCUUCCAAUCGAUCAAACGCGAGCAGCAGUACAUGUCACACUAUUAUAAUGUGAGAUUGGAACCAAUCCGUCAACUGUGGGCAUCAUUUGGAGGUGGUGCGCGUAAUGUCACCCCACCCAAGCCGCCUGCUGGCAGUCCAGGCACCAGCUCCCCUCCCAACAUCAAUCAGACAACGCCAACUGCCAAUCUUAAUCAAUGGAUACAGACAUUCUAUGAAGAAGUUACACUGUUGGCACACACAGAGCUCGACUGGCUCGUUCGACUAUCCCCAACCAACAGCGCACAGCUCACAGAACAGAUGCUGGUCAGUCUGUUCCUCUCGAUCAACACACAGCUACACACAAGGAUCGAGCAGUUUGUUCCACCCAGCCAACCGGGCAAGACUGGCGAGCUGAUCACACUCUAUCAAACAACGAUCCAAUUCCUCAAGCAGCUAAAGCUGCCCGAGAAGAACACACUGAUCAAGACUGUACUGGAACCAUUCAAGCAUUUCCAGACCAAAUAUCCAGAGAACGAAGGAAAGCUAUUCAGACAAUAUCUAUCCUCAUUCACACUUGUUAAAAAGAAUGACUACAUGACGACGAUCAAGAACGUGGAGAACUCAAUCAACAAGCUAUUCCCUCUAUGUGAGGCCUCAAUCGACAGGCUAUACGAACUGACACAUGCUACCGAGAUUGAGCCAUAUGUACAAAUGUUAAAUAAUGUAUUUAGAGACUUUAUAACAAUGUUGAAGGAGACACUUAAUGAGCUAAAGGUCAUGUCCAACAUUGCUGUGCCAAAGGAUAUACUGAUGCAGAUUGAACAAAGAAGACAACAGGCGAUGCCAGGUGCAAAGCCACCUGCUCAACAAGUCCUACAGCCAGCCCAGUUGAACUGGGAAUAUUUCCAAGGUGCCAUGAAGCUGCUCCAAGACAUUGCCGUCUUUAUGAAUCGUCUGAGAUCAUUCGAACAAUCGAUCCAAUCCAACUUUAUAAGUUAUCUAUCAUCAAUGGAUGAGAUGGAUAGUCUGAAGAUUAUUUUACAUGAUAUAACAAAGUUACACAAGGUACAGAACAUUGUACAUCAGAUAUCAUCAUUAUCACUACCUACAGCAACUGUGACAACAACACCAAAGAAGUCACUGCUUCAGGAUGCUUACGAUCAAGUUGUAGGAUUCUGCGCACAAUGCCAGAACUAUGUGUUUGAGACAAUGAUCCAUUACAUCAGACAGCGAUUCAAGGAUAUGCCAAAGAUGGCCGAAUGGAAACAACAGGGUGGAGGCGAGUCCUACCAAACCAAUCCAUCACAAGUCAGCUACAGCACACAGAUUGCCGAACAUCUAUUGAACAUCCCCCAACAACUUGAUCCAUACUCUGAGGAUGAACUAUAUCGAUUCUCAUACCAUGUUGCAAUGACCUAUCCUGUCAAUGAUGACUUUUAUCAGAACUUGGUGAAGCAACUACAUCAACAACAGGUGGAGCGAAGGAUACAGAUGAGUAUGAUGUCGGAUGAUGAAGCUAGUCCAGCAAAACAGGAGCAUCACUCAGAGACUGAAGACGAGAAUAUUGAUGAGAUGGAUGGUAUCGCACAUCAGUGGAUGACACUUGUGGCCAGUGCCACCGAGAAGUUGUAUCUUCAGUCAAUCGUAGAGAUAUCGAUGCUGUCCGAGUUUGGCUGUCAACAGUUGUCCAAUGACAUUGGCUAUCUGUUCAAUGUACUCUCUGCUCUUGGUGUCUCUGCCGAUCCACUUUUAUCCAGGACUCAACAACUAGUGUCCACGCCCAAAGAGAGAUAUGCAGAGAUCAUCAGCAACAUUAUGAAGAGUGACAACAAUGCCGAGAAGAACAUUGCCAACCUCAUUGCCAAGAUGAGAGGUAUAAAGUUAUGA